AUGACGGCGGGCGGCCAGGCCGAGAGCGCGGGCGCGGACCCCCACUCCGCGCGGCCGCCCUCGCUGCGGACCAAGCUGCUGUCGGCGCUUUUCUACGGGAUCUGCUCCUUCCUUAUCGUGCUGGUCAACAAGACGUUGCUGACCACUUAUUCUUGGCCCAGUCCUAUAGCCAUCAACAUGCUUGGCGUGGGGCAAAUGGCGGCUACCAUAAUGAUACUGUAUGUGUCCAAGCUAAAUAAGAUCAUUCAUUUUCCAGAUUUUGACAAGAAAAUCCCUGUAAAGCUAUUUCCUCUGCCUCUCCUUUAUGUUGGAAACCACCUAAGUGGAUUAUCAAGCACAAGUAAAUUAAGUUUGCCGAUGUUUACUGUGCUCAGGAAGUUCACCAUUCCGCUGACCUUGCUCCUGGAAGCCGGCAUACUCGGAAAGCAAAGCCUGUACAUAGUUCAAGGUCUGUUUGUUGACCUUUAGGGUUUGUUUCUUUGUCUCAGGUUCCUGCUGAUGUACUCGACAGUACUGUGCAGCUAUUACAACUCUGCUCUGACAACAGCUGUGGUGGGGGCCAUCAAAAAUGUGUCCGUUGCCUACCUUGGGAUGUUAGUUGGCGGAGACUACAUUUUCUCUCCAUUAAACUUCGUAGGGUUGAAUAUUUGCAUGGCAGGAGGUUUGAGAUAUUCCUUCCUAACACUUCGCAACCAGUCGAAGCUCCAACAAGCUGUGGAUGAAGAAAACAUUUCUUUGGAUUUGAAGAGCUAGUUGUCUGUGAUUUUCAGACUGGGUGUGAGGAGACAUUCCCAGUUACAUGAAUGCGAAACCAGGCAUUUUGGAAGUGGAUGGACAUUCAUGCCCCCUGGUUACAGCACAAAUAGAGAUGUCUCCAAAAUGUGAAGAGGACCUAUGGACCACAUGGGCCUCGGUGCGACGAAGCAUGCUUGACCCAAGGAAUGUAACCGCACAGCAUUACGGAAUGUUUCUUUCCUACACAAGCCGCGGGUUUAAGGGAGGUGUGUGCGGUUCUCUACACGUUGUUUUCUUUGUCCUGUGAGAUGUACAAGACACUCUCUGAGUGCUUAAGCACACAUCAGGACCUCCCCUGCACAGCUGCUCGAUGCUUUUUAAGUGAAGGCAAGAGGUGAAUGGUGCAAUGGAGAAGAUUUUCCCAUCAACUUUGCCUUAAGGUCAGAGAUCCCAGCCAAAGAGAACAAAAACAAAAAGCAAACUCACUGCUGUGAAGUCCAUGUGACCUACUAGGGCAGGUAGAAUUAACUGCUCUGGGGGCUUCUGAGACUGUAACUUUCUCCUGAGGGAACCGGCUGGUGAAUUCAAACUAAUGACCUCAUGGAUGUCAAUCAGCCCAAGCACUCAAGUGCCAGUGAAAUAUUCUUUGAUUUGGUUUAUUUAAGUGGGUUUAUUUCAAUAAAAUUAGCAAAUUACGUAAUUGUAAAAACAUUUGCUGGCUUUGACUUAAUUGUACAUGUUGGUAUCUUUUCCCAAUCACCUAAGUAACAAAGAAAAUGGCUUAUAUGUAUACAUCAUGUUAGCUUCCACAAAGUAAGCACCUAGCUCAUAAGAUUAGACUGUUGUUCUCCAUAGAGUUUCCAUCGACUGACCUUUAAAAAUAAAUUGCCAGGCCUUUCUUCCUUGUCUCUUAACCUGGAAGCUCUUCUGAAACCAUUCAAGCCCACAGUAACACGUGAGCUUUCCUUCCAGAAAGGUGGUGAUUAUGCAGGAAGUGCCUUGGCUGAGAGUCAUGCCAGGUCUCCUCCAUAGGGAGUAAGAAUUCUCCUACCACUUCCACUGUGGAUCCAUCAUACUGUGAUAUCCUGAUAGGCAGAAUAUAGUAUGUUAUUUACAAUGUGAAAAAUUAAAAUUCUCUGCCUCAAACAGAAAAUUACCAAAAACAAAACCCAGAAACCAAACCACAACAA